UCAUGAUUGCGUAAUUUAUUUUUAUAAUAGCAAUAUGACGUGAUGAUUAUAUUCAUGUUUGUUGUAUUGUUUCAUGUGGUUACAUGGGAAGCUUUAAGACCCGGUGGAAGCCUGGCUGUAACGCAGGCUUUAGCUCCUCACAAUGUUGGCUCCUGUGCUCCUCUGGCCGCUGUAUGGUGCUGCUACAGUAGCAAUGGGAAGAUAAGCAGCAUCACAAAGUACCUUUUCAGUGCACUUUUCCUGCCUUCAUUCUCCUUGCUGCAUAAACGGCGUUCCCUCCACGCGGUGACAAUUCUACUUAUUUGCCGGCUUCUUUUUGGACGAGAUUUGCAUUUCGCCGGCCGCGUCUGAAUCUGAGGUAGCUGUUCUCUGCAUCGCAAGUGUGUGAAACCGCGGAUCGGCGCUGCAAAUACGGCUCCGUGUAUCUGAUCGAAGAGCUGGGGAUGCUGAAAGUCACCAUGCCCUCCUCCAGUUCAGGGGCGGCUUCAGAAUACUGGAUAGAUGGCUCAAAAAAGGAGACGCUUGCAGAUUACUACGAGCUGCAGUCCGAAUUGGGACGGGGAGCCACGUCGGUUGUCUUUCGAUGUAGACAGAAGGGAACUCAGAAGCCCUAUGCUGUAAAAAUGUUGAAGAAAACGGUCGAUAAGAAGAUCGUGAGGACGGAAAUCGGUGUUUUGCUUCGGCUCUCACAUCCAAACAUUAUUAAAUUGAAAGAGAUAUUCGAGACCCCGGCCGAGAUCAGUCUGGUUCUGGAGCUGGUCACUGGGGGAGAGCUGUUUGACAGGAUCGUCGAGAAGGGGUAUUACAGUGAGCGGGACGCCGCCGAUGCUGUCAAACAGAUCCUGGAGGCUGUCGCGUACCUGCAUGAGAACGGAGUGGUGCACCGGGACUUGAAGCCAGAGAACCUCCUAUAUGCUACUUCAGCUCCAGAUGCUCCUCUCAAAAUCGCUGAUUUUGGUCUUUCAAAAAUCGUGGAUGACCAGGUCACUAUGAAGACAGUAUGUGGGACUCCAGGAUAUUGCGCUCCUGAAAUCCUUCGGGGUUGCGCCUACGGACCUGAGGUGGACAUGUGGUCAGUGGGAGUCAUUACGUACAUCUUAUUGUGCGGCUUCGAACCGUUCUUUGACGAACGGGGUGACCAGUACAUGUUCAAGAAGAUUCUUAACUGCGAAUAUGAGUUUGUCUCCCCCUGGUGGGAUGACGUGUCUCUAAAUGCCAAGGACCUGGUGAAGAAGCUGAUCGUCCAGGAUCCAAAGAAGCGGCUAAGCACGGUGCAGGCCCUGCAGCACCCCUGGGUGACAGGCAAGGCCGUCAACUCCGCCCACAUGGACACAGCGCAGAAGAAACUGCAGGAGUUCAACGCUCGCCGCAAGCUCAAGGCAGCCGUGAAGGCUGUGGUGGCCUCUUCACGGCUAGGCAGCGCCGGCAGCCACAACAGCACCGACAACAGUAAGAUCAGCUGUAACCACUCUCCAGUCCAGGAGGGGGCGCCAGAAAGACAGGCUCAGCAAACCCACCCGCCGAAACAGGGGGACUCCUAGACGUUUGUGUCUUGGGUCUUCCAUUGAAUCGGAAGACGCCGUCAUCUUGUGAGAAUAAGAAACAGCUGAUUUUAACGGAUGAAAUGAGACCGUCUCACAGAUCGGGGGCAGUGCUGACCUCAGACAAUUUUGCAUGUGACUGCUUACGAUUUUAAACAAAAUGAAAAAAAAAUGCCGCAUGAACGAACCUGCGUGACAGCGUGACUUUACAGUUUCAUCUUGAAAUGGCCAUUUGCGAAGCUGACAGUUCCUUCCACUAAAACACCUUUCCAUGAACUACAUUGAGGAGCUUCACCUGCUGGACACGGAGAAAACAAUGUUUUUGCUGUUUGUAAUGGUUGCAUUUUAGUAAACUUCAUUUGGUUUAUAAAAUACUGUAAGUUAGGUAUGGUACAGCAUUCUAGGGUGACCGCCGAUUGGGGUGAAUAGAGAAGGGGGGUGGUGUCGUUUACAGAAUUUAUUUAGGGUUAUAUGCAAUACAUUCCGUUUAAAAUACAGGCAUAUACAGUACCAACCAAUAAAUGGCCAUAGAAUUGUAACUUUACUACAUUUUGAAAAAAAGCCUUAUCCACUUGUUUAUACACUUUGAUAGAAACAUGUUACAUAUCAUGUUUAAUAAUAAGGUCAAAAUCCAUGUGUGGAAAAAACACAUCCUUAGGACACGUGGUAGGAGAUACGAUAUCUUGUAGAAUCUAAGCUGUUCCGUAGUGUUUACAGUGCUUCUGACAUUAAACACAAGCUACCAAAAUACUUAAUAAAAAAUUACUAAAUACUAAAAUUCAUAAAGUUGCCCUACGUUUUUACUCAAUCAAGAAACAUAGAAAAGACGUUUACUAACGUAUUAUCUGAAUAAUCUAUGUUAGUGCCAAAUACAAUUGCGCUUGAAGACUGUACUGCUUUCUCAGAAUGUCUGAAAUAUGCCUUCCCUCUUACAUCUAAACUGAAAUAUGAUUUGUGCUUAAAUGAAUGAUAUAUUGUCCAUCUGUCCAUCCUCCAACUGCUUAUCCAGAGCAGGAAUGCCGCUAGUAUGAAAUUUAUUCAACGUAAAUAUUCGGUAACGGCCGGGUGUUUUUUAUCUGAAUGGCAGCUUCUCCAAAUUAAUAUAUCAAGCUUGAUUUGGCCAGGAAUGUUUUCACGAGUAUGUUUUCUUAACUUGCCGGUAUGUUCAUGUGCAUGAUCGUUUUUAAGGCCAGAGUCAGGAAUCAUAACUCUUACCCUCCAUAACAAUGGCUGGUUUAAGCUAGAAGCCUAUAGAAAAUCAGAGGUUUGCUGUUGAUUAAGGGACAUUGUUUUGCAUGUGAGAAUGUACUAUUACAUUAAAUAACUGCUGCGACUGUCUUUCAAUAAUGCAUUGUAUUUUGCAGUAUACAAUAAUUACACCGUAUGGAAGUUCCCA